AUCUUCAUGCCAGCAUUGAACGAUUUCUCCUCGUGUCGACAAGUGCCGUUUCGACUGAUAUCCUUAUAUAGUUAGGGUCGUCUCGUGAUUCCGUUCGUAAAAUCAUAUGAUUUCUCUUGCCGCGCGUGAUCUGUGUACAUGUAUAUGUGUGUUUGAUUGAGUUAAAUCUUUAAUUCUCUGCAUCGAUACAAAGUAAUGUAAUACUAGUGUAUCAAAGAAACGAUUUAGUUAAUCUUAUAUCCUUAAAAGAGGCAGUCUGUGAAUUGGAAGCAAAUACUUUGCAUUUCAUCUUUGUUUCUCUUUGCUAAAGUAAUUAGCACGAAAAACAAUGUAUACAUCGGUCACCGAGAAGCAACAAGUGCUGCUGUUGCUUUUGACAGAAAUUAUUCUAAUUGUUUUAAUUGGAACAAUAAUGACGUAUGGCCCGGAAGCAAAUGCUAGUUUGCUUAAAAAUCACACCGGCAUUGCCGACAAACAUAAACAAACGAAGAAACCAGACGAAGAUUCAUUGCGGAUUUAUCCGACCCGAAGCAGAAAACAGCAGCUCAGCAGGGUCGGCGACACGGAGCCGAGAGGGUGCGGUCGACGGACGAACAGCGCGAGACCAGGACACCGAGGUCGAGCGGCGAGGCGCGCGAGAGGACGCGAGGCCGCUGCCCCGAGUGAGCGAAAGGACGACACGAACGGGAAGGAGAGUCCGAUUCCCGAGUCGGUUCCAGGCGGGACUGUAGCACCGAGGAACCUGGACGCAGAUCGCGAAGUCGCGGAUGCCGCCCUUCGAGAGAAUAGUGUCGCACCUCAUUUGAAUGGAGAAUCGAUUUUUCUGCCGGUUUCGUAUACAUUGUAUCAAGAUGUCCACGUAAUGAUUUGGAUCGGCUUUGGCUUCUUAAUGACAUUUCUAAAGCGGUACAGUCAGAGCGCUGUAGGCUUGACUUUCCUUGUUGCUGCGAUACUCGUUCAAGUGGCUUUAAUCUGUGAUGGCGUGCUGCAAAUGACUUUGGGCAGCAAAGCUUCUUCUUUGGAAAGCCUUCUUAAUGCCGAUGUUGCUGUUGCUGCACCACUUAUUUCCAUGGGUGUAGUCCUGGGUAAGGUGACUUAUAUGCAACUAAUAUUUAUGGGAAUAGUGGAACUGAUUAUGUUUACCAUCAACAAGUACAUAGGGGAGAAUUUAUUUAUGGCCGUCGACGCUGGUGGUAGUAUGUUUGUUCAUGUAUUUGGUGCAUACUUCGGAUUAGCUAUCAGUUUUAUAUUUGGAAUAAAGGAUCGACCAAAAGAAAAUGAGCUUGAGGGAUCAUCUUAUCAAUCAGAUAUAUUCGCCAUGAUUGGCACGGUGUUCUUAUGGCUAUUCUGGCCGUCAUUUAACAGCGCCGGAUUGAAAGGAGAUGAUCAACAACGGGCCAUAAUCAAUACUUUGCUAUCGAUUUCUGCUAGUUGCGUAGUCGCAUUCGCCGUAUCCGCAUUUGUUUCUAAAGAAAAUAAAUUUAAUAUGGUGCACGUGCAAAAUUCGACUUUGGCUGGUGGCGUAGCCGUCGGUACAGCUGCAGGUAUGAUGUGUGAACCAGUAGGUGCUUUGAUUAUCGGCGCUUUAUCCGGUUUUAUUAGUGUACUGGGAUACAAAUAUCUUACGCCAAUUAUACAGAAACGACUUCAAAUUCAUGACACUUGCGGGGUGCACAAUUUGCAUGGGAUGCCAGGCGUGUUGGCUGGACUUUUCGGCGCACUUAUGGCAGCUUUGGCCUCAGAAGAGUCUUAUGAUUACUCUCUGUAUGAGAUCUUUCCCGCACGAGCACCAAGUUCGGCGGGAAAACUCGAUGAAAUGAGGGACAUUUAUGGGAUAUCAGCGGGAUUUGAUAGGACUGCGCAUCAGCAAGCCGGAUACCAAUUACUGUCGUUAGUGGUCACCCUUGGAAUCUCCGUCGUAUCUGGAUUAAUAACUGGUUUAAUUCUACGUACAACAAAAUGCGGUUGGGUCACCGAUAAAGAGAAGUUUGACGAUAAAUAUGUUUGGGAAUUGGAAGAAGAAUCUCAGGACGACUCGUCCGGGAAAAUACGAAAAGAUAACACUCGUGCCAACGAUCAGAUAGCAAUGGGACAUAUUUAAUAAAUAGAUAUUUAUGAAACUAUUUAAACUUGCAUGUAAGUAUUAUUAAUAAAUAUAACGCUAUAUAUUUUGAUUUUAUUUUAACUAAU